AUGGAAUGGUCUAGGCAACUGAUAAAGCAGGGUAUAGUCAGAUCAAUAACAUGGGUAGAUAAGAAUCUAUCUAUCUAUCUAUCUAUCUAUCUAUCUAUCUGUUUUACACUCUUACUCUCUUACUUCAACUCUUCCUUUCCCUCUGUCUUCGCCACGGUUUCUUUCUUCCUCUUUUAUGGCCUCUCCUACUCUUUCGCUGUCUGUAAAUUCGUCUCUUCCUUCCUCUCUUUAUUUAUUCUCCUUUCUCCACUCCUUCGCUCUACUGGUGCAUCUCUCUCUCCCCCCUCUCUCUCUCUCUCUCUCGCUCUCUGGAUGCAGACAUUGCCACCUGCACUUCUUCAAAAGGAAGCAGAUUCAAAAUCCUUCCCUGUUACAACUUCCCAUGUCGAUCAUCUCUCUCUCUCAUCACACACACAAUUACACAAAGUCUCUCAUCUAGUUCUCUCUCCUCUCACACGAUAUCUAUCUAUCAAAUUCGUUUUGUACAAUCAAUCAAAAUCAAUCAAUCUAUCGUCGCCAUCAUCUAUCUAUCUAUCUAAUACCAUUUGUGGACAAUCUAUCUAUCUAUCUAUAUAUAUAUAUCUAUAUCUAUAUAUAUAUGGAUACGGUUUGAUUCUCCUUUCUCUCUCUCUCUAUCUAUCUAUCCAUUUCGGUUUGAACUAUCUAUGA